AUGAGAGAAGCUGUUUGGCUAAGUGUGUUUGGAGCAUUAACGACAGUAUUUGUCGUGUUAGUCGUAUCCUUCAUCUCGGUUAACGAAUAUUCCAAGAAUUCACAGAAUCAACACGAUCUCUAUAACAUUAGAGAUAUUCCUUUAGCUUUGGCUACUUUUAGUUUCAGCUAUGGGGGUAAUGGUAUCUAUCCUCAUGUGGAAGCUAGCAUGAAAUAUCCACGUGAUUGGUCAAAAGUCCUAAACCUUGCUACACUCACUGUUACAAUUAUGUAUUUAUUAAUCGGCAUUCCCGCUUACCUUACAUAUGGUCAGACCACUCUCUCGCCCAUCUAUCUUAAUCUCCCCCCGGGGUUUGCUGUAAACAUAUCCAUAUUAAUGAUCACCGUUCAUGUUCUACUUGCCUUGCCAAUCUAUCAAACGGCAUUUGCCCUAGAAAUCGAAAACUAUAUCGGCAUUAAUGUGUCAAACUUGGGUAAAGUCAGGGAAUUUAUAUGCCGAGCGCUAUUUCGGUCAUUUACUGUUUUAUUCACCGUCUACGUUGCAGUUACUUUGCCCUAUUUCUCCGAUCUUAUGGCAUUAUUGGGAUCAAUGGGAAAUGGAAUUCUAAUAAGUAUCAUGCCAAUUAUGUUUUGGAUAAGAUUGUUUGGAUGGAGUCGAUUGAACGGAUGGAAAGAAAAAUCGUGGGUGAUUUUCACGUUAACUUUUGCGUUCCUUGGAGCGAUUACCGGCACUUUGGACGCUUUAAAUGCAUUGUGGAAAGAUAUUAAUCGUGACCCUCUUUGA